CGUCAAGACAAUCGAAAAUGUCCUUCCAAACAAUCGCCAUCGUGGGCGCAAGCGGCAGCAUCGGCCGCGCCAUCCUCCAAACCCUAAUCUCCUCCUCGCACUUCGACGUCACCGCCAUAUCGCGCUCAACCUCGACCGCCCAGUUCCCCGACAACGUAAAACUCCUCCGUGGGGACUAUGCGGACACGCAAUUCCUCCGCGACAGCCUGAGCGGCAUCGACGCCCUCGUGCUCUGCGUGGGCACCCUAGUCCCAUCGACGCAGAUCCCGUUCAUCGACGCCGCGAUCCUCGCCGGCGUCAAAUGGAUCUUCCCCAGCGAGUUCGGCACGGAUAGUGGGAAUCCGGAGUAUUCGGCUCAUGUGCCGAUUAUUCCGCCGAAGAUUGAGAUUCAGGAGUAUUUGAGGAAGAAGGCGGAGGAGACGCGGGGGAGAUUUGCGUGGUCGGCGGUUGUGAAUGGGCUUAUUUUGGACUGGUCGAUUCCCCGGGGUGUUCUCGGCAUCAACAUCGCGGAGAAGAGCGCCGUGCUUCUUGAUGGUGGGAAUGUCAAGGUUAAUAUUACGACGUUGGCGUUGAUUGGGUCCGCCGUGGCGAGGUUACUCGCCCUCCCUGAAGAGAAACGCAGGAACUUUGCGAACAGACUGGUGUAUAUAUCGUCUUUCCGGGUCUCGCAGGUUGAGCUUCUCGAGAGUGCACAGGUUGCGACCGAGACGGCGGAUGGUGAUUGGAAGACUACCCAUGAGAGCACUGAGGAUAAGCUCCGCAGAGGAAAAGAGCUGUUUGCGAAGGGUGAGACGGAGGGUGUCGUGCAUCUGAUCUAUGGGCAUGUCUUCCAGGAUAAUGCGGGAGGAGACUAUGAGGCCCGGGUGGCGCUGGAUAAUAAGGCUCUUGGGCUGGAGGAGGAGAAUCUCGAC